AUGACAAAGGAAGUACAAGAGACCUGCUGGAAGGGCAACCUUGACAUGGAGAGGAGAUGCUGCAAUCCCUUGGCGGAAGAUGCCUUCUGUUGGCAGGGAGGAAACAGCUAUGCGAACUGUUGCAGGAGACAUGUCAAUCUGGUAUCUUCCCUCUCUGCUUUGCGUGAGGAGUCUGUCUUGGAGGUGGUUGCCCGACCCGACUUAGACCUGCCUGUGCAUUCCGAGUCCGUGUGCCAAAGUGGGGGAGGAUUUGUUGACCAGAGCGUGCGGGGCUAUCUUCAGCAAGCAGAAGAUAUGCUGCGACACGAGUUUGACCCAGGUUGCUGGUCGCCGGAAUUCAGCUACGAUCGAUGUUGUUCUCGAGGAGGAGAUCCAGCAUGUUGGGAUCAUGUACACACCUACAAGAGAUGCUGUUUGGGCGUAAAUCCUCAGGUUGCCAUCCUACACGAGUUCUACAAAUGCGAGCAUUGCAUGUCCAUGCUCCGGCAGCCAGCCUCUGUGGGUUGCGAAGACAUCGACGGCUGCACUCGGCAUGGAGGCGCACUUGUGGCUAUGUCAAGGGGGUCAAAGAGCUUCUUUGAGAAUGCCGAGGUGGAUGUCCUGUGCCUACCAAGAAUGCACGAAGCAGCAAUCCCAGCGGCUGCCUUCGCCCUGCAAUGGGUCAAAGUUCACCAUGGCAGAGUUGCGCAGCUGGACUUGCGCCACACUUUGGGCAUGACGGCACUUGUCGAGGUCGCAGCGAUGCUUCUUCCGUGGCUGACAUUCACACUCGCUUGGGCCAUUCGUUCCCGGCGAAAUGCCGAGGCUGUGAAGGACAAAGUGAAGAGCACGGCUCUUGAUUCGGCAGUUGAUGGGGCUCGGAUGAUUGGCACGGCUUCAAUUGUUUUGCUGCACUUAAACGUCGUCUUUGUCACCAACGAUCCUGAGAUGAACAAGCGUCGAAUAGUUUGGUUUUAUGCACACCGCUUUGCUGAUGUCUUCGGUGUGUUGGCAGUGCUGGUGACGAAAGUUCAUUCGGAAAAUUUGCUUGGAAGUGCAGAUGCACUGUGGCGAAAGCUUGGGCGACAGUUACCUCUUAGCUUCAUCAUGGUGCGAUCACGAGUAUGGACUGCUGGUAUAUGUCCUCACUUCGAAUCCUGCGGAUACAUUGAUUCAGGAUGGUCUACAGAGAUGCUUCUAAGAUCCCUGACCUUUUCUCAUCACUGGCAGCUUUUUGUCGAUCUCAAGGUUUGGCUGGUUUUCAGGGCUCUGCACGUGCUGAACCCCUUGUCCUCGCCCAUUCUUGGUACAGUGGUAACUGCUGUUAUUUGUGUCUGCGCGACCAUGUGGCAGCAUGUCGAGGAAAAUCUCUACUACCAGUUCUGGGCGUAUCGCUUGCCGAUGGCUUUGUUGGUGCAUGCAGUUCUGCUACGAAGGAGGCAAUUGCAAGACUGGGCAGCUCAACAUCCCUGGCUUUGGUCUUCUGGAGCAGCUUUGCUUUGCAGUUUCGGUUGGGUUGGGUGCGUGCCUCAUAUUCCUGCCGGAGAUGUUCCCCUGUGGUGGCAGCCAGCUUGCACUGAGUCCGGCUCGCUGUUCUUCUGUGGCGGUUUCUGCUUUCAUUUGGGGGUGCUCAUGUUUUGUCUCCGGCCACCCAUUACGAUGCCUGGAGCACUCAAGUGGACGGUGAGCAAACUGUCUCCUUUAGCUUUGGGCAUCCUUACCCUGCACCUAACCGUUUUCUUUUUGCUGGACAGAUGCAAGAAAACGACUUUGCCUUGGUUCUUCGUGCAGUUACCUGGAUCCCGAAUGCACCUUUCAGAUGAUCCUCCACGUAAAGUCGCCCUUGCUUUGUGGACCGCUGGUACGCUGGUGAGCAUCCCACUUGCCCAGGUGGUUCUUGUGACGGUGCGCAACCGUGGGAAAGAUGCUGGUCCCUCUGCCCCAAGCCCAUCAGUCGAGUGCUGGUUUUAG